AUGCGCAUGCCCAAGCAUUCCAAGACCCUGUACCUGCAUGCCGUUCAAAGCUACAUCUGGAACCGCGUCGCUUCGUAUCGUUAUGAGCGCUUUGGGCGCAAGGCCGUGGCGGGCGAUUUGGUGCAUGCUCCUGCAGCCGCUGUUGGUGCCCCCGAUGUCUUUGUGUGUGAACAAGAUGGCAAUCAGGAUGGCGAGGUCUUGGACCAGGAAGUUCUCAACAUGUCGGCUGAGGACAUUAUGAUGCGCGUUCGUCUACUGGAUGACGAGUGCAAGAUCAUGCGCAGCGAAAUCUCCAUGAUGGAGCAUGAGACCCUUACCAUGCGUGACAGCAUCAAGGGCAACGAAGAAAAAAUCAAAAUGCACCGCCAACUGCCCUACCUCGUUUCCAACAUUGUUGAGCUGCUCGAUCAAGAGGAAGAAGAGGAGCAAGUCGGCGCCGCCGCCGAUGCCGACGCCCAACGCAAGGGCAAAUGCACCGUCAUCAAGACUUCCACGCGCCAGACGAUUUUCUUGCCAUCAACGGGUCUUGUCGAAGAGGCCAAGCUCAAGCCUGGAGACCUGAUUGGCGUCAACAAAGACUCUUACUUGAUCCUUGACACCCUUCCACCAGAGUAUGACUCUCGUGUCAAAGCCAUGGAGGUCGAUGAGAAGCCCACCGAAAAGUACACCGACAUUGGUGGUCUGGACAAGCAGAUUCAAGAGCUCGUUGAAGCCAUUGUGCUCCCCAUCACACACAAGGAAGCCUACAAGAACAUUGGCAUCCGGCCGCCCAAGGGCUGCCUGAUGUACGGCCCCCCCGGCACCGGCAAAACCUUGAUGGCGCGCGCGUGCGCGGCCGACUGCAAUGCCACAUUUCUGAAGCUGGCAGGCCCGCAGCUCGUGCAAAUGUUCAUUGGCGACGGUGCCAAGCUUGUUCGCGAUGCCUUUGCCCUGGCCAAGGAGAAGCAGCCCGCCAUUAUCUUCAUCGAUGAGCUGGAUGCCAUUGGCACUAAGCGCUUUGACAGCGAAAAGGCCGGUGACCGUGAGGUGCAGCGCACCAUGCUGGAACUGCUCAACCAGCUUGAUGGCUUCCAGCCCAAUGACGAGAUCAAGGUCAUUGCAGCCACCAACCGUAUCGACAUUCUUGACCCGGCCCUGUUGCGCUCUGGGCGCCUGGAUCGCAAGAUUGAAUUUCCCCACCCCGACGAAGCAGCUCGUGCGCGCAUCAUGCAAAUCCACUCACGGAAAAUGAACGUCAACCCUGAUGUCAACUUUCAAGAGCUGGCCCGAUGCACUGACGACUUUAACGGUGCUCAGUGCAAGGCCGUUUGCGUCGAGGCUGGUAUGAUUGCUCUGCGUAACGAAAAGACGGAGGUGCAUCACGAGGACUACAUGGAGGCCAUCCUGGAAGUGCAGGCAAAGAAGAAGAAGGAUCUCCAGUACUACGCGUAGGCACGAAGCCGCCCUUGGAAAGUGCCCGUCUCUUUUUUUUUCUCUCUCUUUGCUCUCGGUUGCUGGUACAGUUUGAUUGCACAGGCAAUUCGCUCACCGCUCAGCGGUGUACCGCCCAUCAAUUUGGACAUGGCCACGUCAAAAUUGAAACUGUAAAUGCC